UUCCGGUCUUUUCGGCAAGACGAACCGGCGACCACGUUGUGAAAAUAUUCGUGGAAAAAAAAGACAUGGGUUUUGGAGAUUUAAAGGCAAAAGCCGGCCAACAGGCUUUGAACGCUUAUUUAGCAGACAAAAGUUACAUAGAAGGCUACCAGGCGUCACAAGCUGAUGCUGUUGUCUUUGCCGGUCUAACAGGAGCCCCUUCAAAAGAUCUUGUAAAUGCCCUGAGAUGGUACAACCAAAUUAACUCCUACAAUAACCAAGAAAGAUCAAGUUUUCCUGGUACAAAGAAAGACAUAAAUUCCUAUGGAUCUACAGCCCCAGCCGCUUCUAAUGGAGAUGCUGAUGAGGAUGAUUUUGAUCUGUUUGGAUCAGACGAUGAAGAAGAAGUAGAGAAACAAAAGCAGAAAAGAAUACAAGAAUACGCAGAAAAGAAAGCUAAAAAACCUGCCCUUAUAGCCAAAAGUAGUAUUGUAUUAGAUGUAAAACCAUGGGAUGAUGAAACAGAUAUGGCAGAAAUGGAAAAAUUAGUACGGACUGUAGAAACAGAUGGUCUUAUAUGGGGUACAUCUAAGCUGGUUCCUGUGGGAUAUGGAAUAAAAAAGUUACAGAUAGGUUGUGUCGUAGAAGAUGACAAAGUUGGUACAGAUUUCCUUGAAGAAGCAAUAACAAAUUUUGAAGACUUUGUACAAUCUGUGGACAUUGCUGCAUUUAAUAAGAUUUAAACUUAAAAGUGAAAAGGGACAUUACUUCAUAAAUUACCACCAGUCAGUGCUUGAUCAAUGUGAGGAGUGAGAAAUUAAAAAAUCAGAAACACCAAAA